GUAGUAUUUUGGUAAAUGUAGGUAGCUCAUAAAAAUAUGUAAAUGACAGUUUGCCGUGAAAUACAUGACCGUUACUUGGCUAUCCGAGUGUUUUAAUUGUAAUUAAAUCCUAAACACAAUAUUUGGCGACGAGAAGUACCUAACGCGUUUAAAUAAGUGUUAAACUAGUGCAAUAAUUGUUAAACACGAUGGCGGUGAGCUCUAACGUGAUUUAUGGCGGCAAUCUCACGUUCGACCACAACGCGCAAGAAUGGAGGAUUUUUAAGGAGCGGUUUGAAGCAAUGUGUUUUGCAAAUGAUUUGACGGACACCACCGACAAAGCGGGCACAAAGCGGCGUUCCAUACUCCUUACGACGUUUGUGGAAGAAACCUACCGCGUUGCAAAAGAUUUGGUGUUUCCAAAAACGCUGAACACCAUUGAAUAUUCUACCCUCCUAGAAAAGCUGGAUGCUCAUUUUGAGUCACCUAAGUGUUCGUUUGCUGAACGAUACAAAUUUUAUAAAGCGGAGCAACGAACCGGUGAAGAUCUAGGGGAGUGGGCAGCGCGAGUGCGAAGUUUGGCACAGUUCUGCGGGUUUACGACGGAGCUCGACACAGCGCUAAGGGAUCGUUUCGUUCUCGGGCUCGAGAACGCUAAAGAACGAGAGAAGUUGUUUGCGGAGAGCGUCGACAAGCUGACUUUUAGUAAAGCAUUACAUCUGGCGCAGGCAACUCGCAGCGCCCGGCAGGGCCUGCAGGCAACCGGUUCAUCUAGGCAGGCAGCGGCGGGAAUCGGCGGCGGCGAGGUGUUCGCAGUGCGCGCGAGUGUCUCGCCAUCCCAACCAAAUAACACUAAUAAUAGUAAUAAUACAAGGCAAGCUUGUGCAAUAUGCGGAUACAAAAACCACACUAAGGACAAGUGCCGUUACGUUAAUUAUUCGUGUAAAAAGUGCAACACUAAAGGACACCUAAGUAGGAUGUGUAAAAUGAGUGAUAAAAAGUUCAACUACAUUGCUGAGGAAACCGAUGACAUACAUGAAGAUCUCACAAUGUAAACAAUACGGCGGGCAGAGACAAUGUAAUUUUAAACGGGGUGAUGAUGUUUUAGUAAAAUCAUUUUUUAAGAAUGGUACGAAGUAUACAUGGAAAAGAGGUACUAUUGAAAAUAAAGUGGGAUCCAGAAUGUAUAUCGUAAAAAUAACGGACUUGAAAGUAAAAGUAAAGAAACAUGUCGAUCAAUUGUUACAUUACAAAGGCUGUGACUCCACCAACGAGUCAGAUUGCGAGGGCGACAUUCCGACAUUACAAAACGACGACGGCCCCCAUGGCGACAACGUCGAGGACGCGCCAAUCGACGUUCCUCUGUCGGAAGAGCAAGAUGCUGUCGAGCAGGUGGAGCGCGGCGUACCAAAUCCCCACGAGAGGUCUCCGGACACAUCUUUUGAGAGUGUCAGUUCAUCUGUCAGCUCGCCGAACAGACAAUCAGUAGAAGAGGACACAGAUAGAAUAAUGUCGUCAGAUUGCCCGUUGGAGGUUAUGGAAGUAGACGACAACAGUGUUGAGCCAGGCUCUCCGACAGAAAGUCAUGGCCUUGUCUUAGACAACAGGCGGCAACGGCCAAUAAGGAGUACUAGGAACAAGGACGUUAAUUAUAAAAUUUAAUGUACCUCUGAAUUAUAAAACUGGGUGUACUAAGUAGGUAAUCAAUGUAUUCUCUAGUGUUUGAGUACCAUGACUAAUUUUUUUUUUAAGUGUUGAAGUUUCUUUCUUUGUAAUUUAUUUCUAGAAUCUUGCCAACCAAAUCUGAGCCAUGUCUUAACAUUCGAUUGGGUUGAAAAUUACAUAGGUUUAAAAACUUCCACUAGUAUUAUAAUUGUUGGGGGAGGGUAUAGAAGGCGAUAUGUAUGGCCUUAUUGUUUGUUAGUUUUUUGGCAAUAAUUUACUAUUGUUGUUUAUUACACUUUAAAAUCUAAAUAAGUACAUUGUUUGGAUAAAUAUUGGUGGAGGGAUUGUAGUAUUUUGGUAAAUGUAGGUAGCUCAUAAAAAUAUGUAAAUGACAGUUUGCCGUGAAAUACAUGACCGUUACUUGGCUA